AUGGAAUUUAAGACAUUUAACCCGAGAAUAUCACUAUUAACAAUUAAAGCAUACUGGUUUAAUCUCACAAUUAUUAGUGUUCAUGCCCCUACUGAGGAAAAGACUCAAGAAGAAAAAGACGACUUCUAUGAUGAAUUAACGAACGUAGUAUAUGGAAUACCUAAUAACAGAAUAGUGGUUAUAUUAGGAGACCUUAAUGCAAAAGUAGGAAAAGAAUUAAUAUUUAAACCAACCAUUAGCCACCAUAGCUUACAUGAAGUAACUAACAAUAAUGGCCUCAGCCUAAUCGACUUUGCAACGAGCAAAGGCUUAGUGAUCAAGAGCACAAUGUUUCCCCAUAAAAAGGUCAAUAAGGGAACAUGGAAGUCACCAGAUGGGAAUCACACAAAUCAAAUUGACCAUGUACUAGUCAAUAACAGGUUCAAAAACAGUAUUACGGAUGUCAAAACGAUGCGAGGAGCGGACUGUGACUCUGACCACUAUUUGGUUAAGGUAAAAAUUAAAGCAAGAGUGAAGAGAAGGGUGGCAACAAGGCCAAACGUAAUAGACAGAUAUGAUAUAACUAAGUUCACAGAUGAAAUUUUCUGUAAACGUUUUAAAA